AUGCAGCUUCAGAAGCGUUUGGAGGCUUUUCUGCCAAGCGCAUCCCUGCUCCUCGCCCGAGCAAAAAGUGCAGCACUCUGUGUUCCUACGCGGUCCCAUCGCAGUACUAUCAAAGCUGGCACGCGCUUAACUUCAGAGAUCGAUUUGUUGUCUACACGCAUUUUGGGGCCAGAAGGAGCAAUUAUAUACUUUGUGAGAGAAUUUCUUAAGCAGAAUACAGCAGAGCACGUCCGCUCGUUCUGUGCGAUUUUGUGCGAGGAGGCGCAAAGCUACAAAGCGCAUAUGAAAGGGAAGCUUCGGGGAAUCAAGCCCGAGUUUGACAAGCAGAUGGAGUCAUUGAGAAACACAUGGCUUCUUUGGUUCCUUAAGCAUGCCAUCUUGAAAGACCCGGGCCAAACCCAGCUUAUCCACGAGCUGUACAGUCUUGUUCCUUCAAAGCUGCAGCUGAGCCAUCCAAUUUCCUACUUCGGCAGGCUUUUCGAAAGGUACGAGCCCCGGGUGCUGGAGUGCUUUAUCAAUAAUUCGGAGACUCUUUUGAAGGCCGGCGGGCGGGAAAAGUUUGCUGUUUUGUGCGAAGCUUUCACGUCGGACUGCUGGUUUUAG